CCUGGUGGCUGCAAACAAGGACGCGAUAUGUGCUGCACUUUGCACAGCGGUCGCGUAUACAUCGAUAAUUACCGUGGCCAUUGUGACAUUGAACCCGCACCUUUUCCGUUCGCUGCAGCGCAGUAAAUAUUGUCGCCGGGUUCCGCUGCUUAUAUUAGCCGGCCUUGUGCGGUAGUUUAUGCAAAAAGAUUCCCAUUCUCAGACAGGCCCUGGAGAUGUCUUAGCACCAGCGGGCUGGCAUUCACAAAGCGUCUUUUCUAGGUGUGCGGUGCCCUUGGUAGCUGCGCACUGCAAGCCACGUCGACAAUUCGGUUCAAGAAUCGCCAUCAACAGAUCGCACGUUCUUGGAACAUCAGAACACCAGCGCGUCGUCCCCGUAAGGCGACUGUGCAGUGUCGUGGGUAGUGUUGCAUUGCAAACAACCAUGACGAAAGGAUUCAAGAUAAGCAAUCAGCAAGUAAUGGAUAAGCAGAAUGCCGCCCCCACCAACUCUAAACCAGCGCUGGAUCUGGAAGAAGUGGCAAGGCUUCAACUCGGUGAAACACCUGAAACCAAAGCAGAUUCCUUGUUAUGGCUACGCCAAGCGUUAGCAGGCGAGCCAUCCUUGAAGAUUCCUUCGAGCGAUGACAUUCUGGUAAUGUUUCUGCGAGCCCGAAAAUACAGAAUACAAGAGGCCUCCCAAAUGGUGAAAAACUACUUCCGCACGCGGCGAGAUGUACCAGAAUUCUUCCAUGAACUUGUCCCUGAGAAAAUUCCAUUCAGAACAAUUUGCCACGACCACAAACUCCUCACGAUAUCGCCGGAACCGGGCGAGAAUGGCAGGUGCAUGGGUGUCUUCAAUAUAGGUGCCUGGAACCCUAACAUCUGCAGCCUUUCGGACUAUACCAGAGCAGGACUUCUGUUGACCGGCUGCUGGCUCCUUGAAGAUUUUCCAUCAAUAUGUGGGGUCGAGUGCGUCAUGGACAUGAAGGGAUUAAACAUCCAUCAUCUGACGCAGCUCACACCAUCCUACCUGGUGAAAUUGGCUAGCAUUAUGCAGGACUGCUUGCCCGUACGGAUAAAGGCUGUCUACAUAGUAAACCACCCAACAAUCUUUAAAGUCAUCUUUGAAGCGAUCAAACCGUUCCUGCGCAGCAAGCUGCUAAGCAGAGUUCACUUCAUUGGCGGCGAAGCUCCUGAGUUUUGGGACCGCUUUCCUCGCGACCUCGUACCAGUGGAACUUGGCGGGAGGCGUGAGCACUUCGAUUAUGAUCGUCAGGAGGAGUUGGUGCACAGCAGAAGCGGCUUCUUCGAAAGCUUGUGUGCCUGUGGAUACAAAAAGAAUAAGACCUGAUAAGAGAUUUAUAAUAUGGUGCUAGACAUUAAACGGGGCUGCAGUCAGUCCUUUAAAUAUCAGUCAACUAACCCGAAAGGUAGUGUCUGCUCACAGAAAACUGCUGCAGUGUGCUUUCGUAUGUUGCACCAGCUAGGAAGAUCGUAGAAUUACAACACGGACUUUCACUUUAAGAACUCUAUGGCUCAUUCACACAUGGCUUAUCAAGACUGUUGUGUUUUGUAAAAUUGCGCCUUCUGAAGUCUCAUCAUCAGUAGACAGCCACCACGGCUCCUUCCGAUCUCUUCUUUCUCGCAAAUUUCUUUCUUUCUUUUUUCUUUCUUUUUGUGCCAUGCCAUCCCUAAUAAGUGAGACGUGUAUCAAUUACUCAUGAGAAUAGCCUUGGUCAUUCGUCAAUACAAAUUGCAAAUGGGUAGUAUGCAUUGACCGUAAUUUUCCAGCAAUCUUUACACAAGGUCAAAUGGCAAUCUUGCAUUUGACUGCAUACGAGCUCUUCAAGGUAAUUGAUGAAAUUACAAGUUUCUUGUUUAUUUUUCCGAA